UUAUAAUCACACUUGCUGUGCUUUUAACCUUAUUCUGUAUAAUUCACAUACAGAGUCACUUCUGUACAUUUUCAGUGAAAAACUGUUGCUAUUAUUUUCUAUCAUCAGUUAACUAUUUGUGUGGUAUUUUAAAAAUUAUAUAUAUAUUUGCUCUCACUUUAAAAGACACCAUUAAGAGAUAUUUUCUUUGCUUUUUUCUUUCUGCUCUCCAAGACUCCAGGAAAGCCAGCUUCCGUGACACAUUUCCUACAGUCCACAACUAGAAUGAGUGGUACAGAAAGUUCUACGGAGCAUGCAGAGUGGACUCAAUCAUCGAGAAGAAAGAACUUAACAAAUUCCCUUGAACAAAAGAUAAGGUGCCUGGAAAAACAGAGAAAAGAGCUCCUGGAAGUUAACCAGCAAUGGGAUCAGCAAUUUAGAAGCAUGAAAGAGUUAUACGAAAGAAAGGUCGCAGAGCUGAAAACGAAACUGGACGCCGCAGAAAGCUUCCCGGGCACGCUGGAGAAGGAGCUGCCGCAGAGCCAGAGGGAGAGCGACCGGCAGCAGCGCGAGGAGAAGGAAAAGGAGAGCCUAAAUGAAGAAUUACAUGAAUUGAAGAGAGAGAAUAAGCUUUUGAAGGAAAAAAAUGCUCUCGCGAACCAGAAGAAGCAACAUUUUGAAUGCGAAAUAAAACGCCUCAAUAAGGCUCUUCAGGAUGCCUUGAAAAUGGAGUGUUCUUCAUCUCCUGAGGACUGUUUGGGGAAGUCUGAAAUGGAGUGCUGCCAUGAGGAGAUGAGAACAGAAAUGGAAGUGCUCAAACAGCAGGUGCAAAUAUACGAAGAAGACUUCAAAAAGGAGCGAUCAGACCGAGAAAGACUUAAUCAACAAAAAGAGGAGCUACAGCAAAUUAAUCAAACUUCUCAAACCCAGUUGAACAGGCUGAAUUCUCAGAUAAAAGCUUGUCAGAUGGAGAAAGAAAAACUAGAAAGGCAAUUAAAACAGAUGUAUUUCCCAACCAGUAACUACGGCUGGAAUUUCCACCUGCGGGAUCCAUGCCUACCGACAGGCCCUGGGGCUGUGCAGGAUCUACAGAGGUUCCCACCAGACUAUCAGUGGUAUGCUCCCGACCUGUUUCCGCCAGAUGUGCAGGACAAGGCGAAUGGUUUCUCCUCAGAAAAGAAAGCCAAUGCGUAGAAGCGCACGCUGUUGGAGGAGCACACAGGCCGAGGGAGAGCUCGGCUGAGGGCCCUCGUUCCUCUUCUUACUGUGGCUUGUGUCCGCCACACCUGCACAUCACCUCCGCCACUGCUUAUACCUGGUAAUGUUUCCCUUUGGCACGGAUGGAGGACAAGGCUGGGCCAGCUGAGAUCCUGAUCAAGUCCUAGGGGCCAAAAUUAUACAACCUAUCACAGCUUCCGGCUUCCUCGAAAUGACAUUUGGUUGAUGGAUGAGGCACCACGCCUGAAACUCUCUUCAGCACAUUGCUGUUGGACUCACAGGGAUGACUUCAUGAUUUCAGCAGCUCCAUUUGCAGUGCAGUAAUAUUGUAUGUUGAUUUAAAUAUGUGUUCCCUGGGGGAAAAGUUUCUGCGGUAGUAAGAUUUUAACAUUGCUCCCAUUCUUUUUAUCGGGGCUUAGUUCUUUAGCCAGUUUAUCUAGAUACUAUGUUCAUCAUUGUUGUCCUUAGUGAAACUAUAAAUAGAAUCAAAGAAGUGUAUAUACAUUCUUAAACUAAGUGAGUGGUUCAAUCUGAAUGGUAAACUUGAAACUAUAAACAAAUCAUUUUUUUAAGAUGAGAAAUUGUGAGCCUGCUUCAUUUUUAGCUGGACUAGAUUAUGAAACAUAAAAUCCUAG